AAAAAAAAAUAGGGGAUGAAGAGGUAUUUUGUGGGAUUCUACUUUUUACUCCAAAGAGAGGAUGAAAUAAUGGGUGAUGACUUUGGGACUAAUGAUUCAGAGGAAGACGAAGAGGAUGAUGAGAACUUGCUGCCCAUAGAGAAGGCUUCAAAAAAGCUUGCAAAAAAGGAAGCUGAAAACAGGGAACUGGAACAAGCAGAGACUCUGACGAAUAUCGCUGAGACAGAAACUUUUAAACUUCCCAGUGGGCAAGAAAUUGAAAAAGAAAUUGCCGAACCGCCUGAUCUAGUUGCAGUCAGCCAGAGGAUCAAAGACGUAGUUUCUGUCCUUACAGAUUUUAAAACUAAAAGAGAAGAAGAUAAGGAUCGGAUAGAUUAUCUAAGCCAGUUAAAGCAGGAUUUGUGUACAUAUUAUAGCUACAAUGAAUUUCUCAUGGAUAAGUUUCUCCAGCUAUUUUCACCUUCAGAGUUGGUGGAACUGUUGGAAGCAAACGAAGUUCAGCGACCAGUCACCAUAAGAGCCAACACACUAAAAACCAGGCGUGGCGACCUGGCCCAUGCUUUGAUCAAUCGAGGGGUGAAUCUGGAUCCCGUCGGAAAGUGGUCCAAAGUCGGCUUGGUGGUGUACGAUUCGCAGGUUCCUAUAGGUGCAACUCCAGAGUAUCUUGCUGGGCAUUACAUCCUGCAGGGAGCUGCUUCCCUGUUACCCGUGAUGGCACUGGCACCGAAGGAAAACGAGAAAAUUCUUGACUUAUGUGCUGCUCCAGGGGGAAAGACAACCCACAUAGCUGCCCUAAUGAAGAACACAGGUGUACUGUUUGCGAAUGAUGCAGUGAAAGACCGAGCGAAGGCCAUUGUUGGAAACCUCCAUCGCUUGGGCGUGACGAACACCAUAGUGUCCAUUCAGGAUGGACGAAAUUUUUCAAAGACGAUGGCAGGUUUCGACAGAGUUCUGUGUGAUGCUCCCUGCAGCGGAACUGGUGUUGUUUCCAAAGAUCCCAGUGUGAAAGCAACAAAAGAUGAGAAAGAUAUUUUACGUUGUGCCACAAUUCAGAGACUGCUUUUGAUGUCUGCCAUAGAUUGCACCAAUGCAAAUUCAAAAACUGGAGGGUAUAUUGUUUACUCCACCUGUUCCAUACUGCCAGAGGAAAACGAAUGUGUCAUCGAUUAUGUCUUGAAAAAGCGCAGCGUGAAGGUAGUACCCACCGGCCUGGAUUUUGGAAAAGAAGGCUUGGCUCGCUACCGAGAACACAGAUUUCAUCCAUCACUGAAACUGGCCCGCCGGUUCUACCCACAUAUGCACAACAUGGAUGGGUUCUUUGUGUGUAAAUUAAAAAAAUUCAGCAAUGUUAUACCAGACAAAUUGAAACCUGAAGAAAAUGCCACGUAGUGUAAUAGGAAAAUAAAUUGUUUUUUUAUUAGA